AUGUUAUCAAAAAUUUCAAUUAUUAUUUUUCUAUGCUUCAUUGCAUAUGCAUCAUCGCAAACCAUUACUAAACUAACCUAUACUGAUUGUGGAUCAAAGAAUGUUCAAAUCAGUCGACUUUCGCUUACACCCAUGCCUAUUGUUCAACCAGGAAAAGGAACACUUUCGUUUGCAAUUGCAGCUAGUGAGCCAAUUCAGGGUGUCAUUAAAAUGACUCUUGACAUAGUUCGUAAAGUUAGUGGUAUUCCAUUGCCUGUUAGAUGUUAUAUUGUUCAAGGUGAACAAGUUGGCUCAUGCACGUAUCCGGAUAUGUGUGCUUUAAUGCAACGACUUUUUAAACAUGACGCAACGAAUUGCCCAGCGCAACUUAGUCCAUAUGGUAUUGAUUGUACUUGCCCAGUAAAAGUCAACAAAAAUGAUCUUGAUAUUGAAAUGGAUCUUGAUAUACCUGAAGCACCAGAAUAUGCAUCAUGGUUAAGUGUUGGUGACUUUUACGUUAAGGUUAAAGCAACUGUUGUCUUUCUUCUUUUUUCAUCUUCAUGGAGUUAUGUUGUUGACGAACAUGAUGGUAAAUGGUCAUGGAUUAAUGCAAAGUAUUUAACACGAUCUAAUUGGACAUCAUCAUUAAAAGCGAAUAAUAAUGCUUCUAAAAUACAUCAUCCCGUAUGGUUUAUUUAUCAUUAUCUUAGUUAUUGUGGAUUUUGUAAAAGAUAUAAACCACAAUGGGAAUCUAUUGCUCAAUAUGCAGCAGGUUGGUCAAGAUAUAUUAAAAUAGGUGCAUAUGAUUGUGGUAGUGAAUCGGCAUCAGAACAUGAUAUUUGUGUAGAUGAAGCAUAUCCUCAAUGGCGAAUAUAUUGUCCAUUAACAAAUUCGACUCAAUUAGCAUUUGAUUCAGAACGACGAAAUGCAGAUACGAAACCAGAAGAUAUUUUAAUGUGGUCAAUAAAAAAAAUGAAUAAAAUUGCACAUCAAUGUUAUGGAAAAACAUGGCCAAUUCGUAAUGUAAUUGAACCAAAGAAUAUCGAUGAUUUAAAUAAUAUAAUUCCAAAACGUGUAAAACAAUUUCAAUUAUUCGUUUCAGAUGAUAUUCUACUUUAUAGUCUAUAUGUAUUAAAUAAUUCAAAAAUUGUUUUUCAAGAACCAAUUUAUCGUUUGUCUACAAAAAAUUUAAUUACACAAGGUAUUGGUAUUUGGAAAGGAAUGAAAAAUCCUGACGGACGAAUUUCACUUGAACAAAUUAAUUCAACAAAAACAACAGACAAAUUUAUAUUAAAUAAAAAUAUUAUUUCUCAUACUAAUAAAUCUAUAGAAAAAAAAAUCGGUUCUCUAAAACCGACCUUAACUGAUAUUGAUAGUUCUGUUGUUUGGAUGAUUAAAAAAGAUCUUCAUAGAAAACUACCAAACUUAUUUGAUGAUGUUAAAGCUUGGCUUAAUGUAGUUCAUACGUAUUAUCCCGGUAGUGAUACCAUGCAUAAUUUUCUUCGUGAUUUAAUUCAUUUUAUGAAUAAUCGUACAACAUUAUCAUCAAAUGAACUUAAAAAUUAUAUUGAUACAAUAUCGGUAAUCAAAUUACCAGAAGUAAAAUUCGAUCACUGUAAUGGAUCUGAUACAAGUAAACGUGGUUAUACAUGUUCAUUAUGGCUUUUAUUUCAUAGUAUGAUUGUUAAACAGGCAAUACUUCAUGAACAAAAUCUAUUACCAUCAAAUGUUAAACCAUCAGAUAUGAUCUUAUCAAUACGAGAAUAUGUUCGUAGAUUUUUUCUUUGUGAUGAAUGUGCUAAGCACUUUCUUAAUAUGACAUCAAAUGCAGAAAAUGAAAUAAAUUCUUUUAAAGAAAAUGUUUUAUAUCUUUGGCGAGGUCAUAAUAAAGUAAAUAAAAGACUUCGAGGUGAACAAAUAUCAAAUGAUCCAGCUUGGCCCAAAGUACCAUUUCCAACAAAGGAACAAUGUAAUUCAUGUGUUCGUGAAAUAGAUGAAAAUAAUGAUGCUUUAGAAUAUGAUGAAAAUGAAACAUACAAUUAUUUAAAAGAUUAUUAUGAUUUACAAAAUAUUACUAAUCAAAAAAAUUUAUCUACUAAAACAAAUACAGCAACAAAUCGACAAUAUAAUCAUUUAUUAUUAUUUCUAUUUACAUUUUUUAUCAUUAAUUGA